AUGUCUCAAGAACAGGAAGUUACAGAAAAGCCAAAGCGUAAAGAACUAUCAGAUUACGAAAAGGGUAUCAUUGUUGGAAUGUAUAUGCGUAUUCCAAAGAUGUCAAGUAUCGCAAAAGAUCUCGACAUACCCUAUACAACCAUCAGCUCGACUAUACACCGUUGGAAGACUACCGGGACCGCGCAAACUAAGAAACGGCCAGGAAGACCAGAGACUUUGACAGAGAGAAACAAAUGUGCUAUCCAGAUUGCCCUGUUGAGAAACCCAAACAUAUCUUUGCAAGAACUGACAGAGAGUAUUCAAAAGAAAGUGUCGGCGCGUAUUGGCGUGAACGUGGUACGAAAGGCGAUCAAGGAAGUGAAGAGGAGAACACUGGGAGCACUAAAUGAGCAACCAUUGGACACAGAAUUAACUACACAAAGUCUUCUUGUUGGAAAAAAUGACCGAUGA